AUUUAAAGUUUACCAAAGCCCCUACUGGCAAUACUAGUUACAGGCUGUCAAAACAAAAUUUUAAUAAGGUGGAGGCGCUAAAAUUAUUUAAUUUGUAUUACAUAUAAUUUUAAACAAGAUGAGUCAAUUACUAGAAACCGAAGCACAAAAUUCUGAUGAUUUCGUAGACCAAAUGAUAUUAGAAUACGACAAAACGAUAAUGUCAAUACCUGAUAUAGAAAACGAGCCGCAUUUACUUAUAUCUAAAGUACGUAAGCACUAUAUGGAAUAUAUAAUAAAACUUUUGUCGGUGAACUACGAAAAACAUCAAAAGCAAUUCAACAAAAAUAUUCGCUUACCAAGCGCAAUAUGGAGGUGUGCGAAAAUUAUAGAAAUGACUGCCGCUCAAACUUGCAUGGUAGUACAAAUAUAUCGGAAAAAUAUUGUGGGCGUGAUCAAUGAAUUAAAACAGGACACAAGCAAGGGUAAACUGUACAAGACAUUGUAUGAUUUUUUAAAUACAACUCCAAACAAUGAAAAAAGAGUUCAAACUACAUUAAAUAAGACUAAUAAUUGUACAUGUCAAUGUACAUGCAACCAAAAGAGAAAGAGGCGUAGAGAAAACAAUAUUCAAAAUCAAUUCAUAUCUGAUAAUGUCGCAUCUACACCUAGUGAAAAACUAUUAGAUACUAGUAACAAUAGUCUAGAACAUACAUUAACAAAGGAAACAGAAGUUAACAGUGAUAUGACAAUGAAAAAUUUACCCUCAGAAACACCUUUUCAUACACAUAAUGUAGAAACACAAGACUCUGAUAAUUUGCUACGGCAACUAGAGAUAUUGUUCCAAGAUGACCAUAAUGAUGAUGAUCUUUUUGAACAAUCAUUAUGGAAUGAUCCAAAUCCUACUAAUGAAGAACCCAAAGACAAUAAAAAAGAUAAUAAUGAAACAGAAAACAUGGUAGAGAGUAAUAAUUUACCAACUGUAAAUAUUAACCAAUCUUUAGAUGACAAAUUGGCAUCUUUAGCUGGACAUUUUGUUGAGAAUGACAAUAGUACAAAACUGGCCAGUAAAAAAGCAAAUCAAACAUCCAAUAAAUGGUUGUGUGAAGAAUAUUUUAUGAAGUUACAAUUAUAUGAAAUAUUGGAUCAAUUGAGAGAUUGUAAUAGGGCAAAGCUUGCUAGGGUAAAAGAUUUAUUAAAAGAUAUAUUUGGAGAGGACAGUGAUGAUGAAGGGGUUAUGUCACCAUUGGAAGAGACACCAGAGUUUGUGAGGAGUUGUAAAGAGAGAAUAGCUCCAUGGGUAGUUAGAGUACUCACUCCAUUUUAUAUCAAAGGACGGAUAAAAGGAAAAGCUUUAUUUAAGUCACUUGCUAAACAUUUGAUUAGGCUUAUUUACCAGUGUAGUAAAUAUCCAAAUGAAUAUGAAGUAAAAAGUUUUGUAAAUGAUUUUCUUGACAGCCACAAACUAAUAAGAUGUGAAGCUGACUUCAAACAAUUCAGAAUUAACAAUAUUUGACGGAAGAAAUUUUUUUCAUUAUAAAGAAAUCAUUGUUGAAAUUAAUUAUAUUUUAUCACUUUUUACCAAUGUGGUAAGUGAAUUUAAAAAUAUAUAAUCUUUAAAAUGUUACUUUAUUUCAGUUAAUAAUUCUUGAACACUACCAAAUAAAAAUCUCAGGGUCUAACAAUAAAAGAUUUAAACAGUGCUUGAUAUGUGAACCCUUUUUUUCUCAUGCUGAUAUUAGGCAUUACAAGAAGUGAUUUUUUAUUUGGUGAUAAUUAUUAUAUACCCUUAUAUACAUAUUUGUCAAAGGGUCGAAACACAUGUUUAACUGUAUUUUUUUGAGGAAUACUGUCAAUGUUAAGUUACAGGAUUCCAAAGUAACAAUCUUUUUCCAUUAUUUAAAUUUAAUAUCCAUAAAAUGAAUUACACACUAUGACAUUAUUUACUGUGGGUUUCUGACACCAA